GUUGUCUUGAUUUGAAAUCAAAAAAACUUGGUAUAUUUUUUAUAUGAAUAAAAAAUUUAUUUGUAAACAUAUUUUCUUUCAAUCUUUUCUUUCUUAAAAUACCGCCAAAUGUCCGCUAAGCCAAGAAAACAAACUGGCAGUUUUGUCACCGAUCCCUCCGCCAUUAAUCUCAUACAGCUUAGUCCGCGUACGGAGUUGUUUCAAAAUGAACGCAGCCCAUAUACCAUGGCCAUACACAGCUCGAAGAUGAACUUCAUUGGCGAUACGGUUAUGCACGAAGGACCCCGUGCGGUGGCAGUAAGCGAAACGGGGGAGAAGCAUUCCAUACAUUUGGAAGAAGAUAGUCUUCAGACGAGUUUGAAUCCAUUCACUGGGUCCUCACAAUGUUCUCAGGUACACUCAAUGCCCAUUAAUGUGGCUUCUUCGACGAAAAUCUCAGGUUGUGGAAAUGAAUGCUCCCGUCUCAUUACCACCAAACGUUCCAAAGUAUGCGUGCGAGGUUCUCGUCGUCAUUCCAACCAAAAGAUGCGCCCCAUUUUCACACCACGCAAUAUUGAUAAAAUUCCCACACGCUUCUUCAGUGACGAGUCGAAGGCAAAAGCUGUCUUACCCCAUACGAAUGCACAGACCCAAACUGAGAGUGUUACCAGUAGUUCUGCCUUAGCACCACGUCCGUAUCAACCGUCGCCGCUGGUGCCACCGCUUCAGUUGCCACGACGUUAUGUAGGCCGUGAAACGAUCGGUGAUAUGUUGGAUAGUCCACGACGACAACCGUUGAGAGUGUUGCCACGUGAAAAGAAACCAUUUAAAAACUACUCGGAACUGCGCAGCAUUGCUUCUGCAAUCACCUUGAUUACAGUUGUUUCCUGGCUCUUUUCGAUAUUCUUCGAACUGGAGGGCAUGUUCGAUAUGUUGGGCGGUAUUUUACGUCUGCUAACCAACUGGUAUAACAAGGAAGAGCUGCCCAUGACGAAGAUGGAGAUGCUUGUGCAAUUCGCGCGUAAUUUAUGGUAGCAAAUGUGUCAGCGGAAUGGACUGUGUGAAGGUGAAAAGAAGAGGGAGACGCGUUUUUAUACAUUCAUAUGUAUUUAUUUCGAUUUUUAGAAAUUUACCACAUACGAAAUGUUAAUAAACAACCAGUUUUGAUGUG